UAAAGAUAACGGUUGUUCAAGCGUCACCUUGGGUAUACCAAGUAUUGUGAAGAACAGAGGAGUGGAGCAAGAUGGACAGUAAUCCACCCGUGCUAGAUGCGUUAUCCAAGUUAGAACUCUCCAUGAGGCCGCAAUCGGUGCCGUCAUGGCUCAGCAGCGACACUAAUCACGCCCCCAAGGUCACAGCACUCGGUCCAAGAACUUCUAGCGUCGAAUUGGUUGAUCAUACAGGGGUUACUGGAAUCGCUAUAGGCGGUGGCAACACUAAUAUGCACGGAAAUUCCCCACACAAAGACAAGAACAAACCUGGUCCCUUAGCGCCCAGUCCUUCAGCUGUUCGACCUCGCGCACCAAUUGGUGUUCACAAAGACGCAAUUAGCUCUGCAGACAAAGAAUUCUUGCCAAAAGAAUCGGGGUCUCCCAAGCGAUCAAGACAUCGGGUUCGGCAGCAGGUAGUCGAGUCCAAAAGCAGGCGAGUCAAACAAUCGCUGGUGGAGUCGUUGCGAUCUCUUGAAUUCUUCGACAAAACAAAUCGCAGUCGGGAAUUAUCCACAAAAAUCUCAGUCAUGCGCCCAUACGCAGACCCUGAAGAUAAUGUUCAUUUUGUCAAUAUAGACGACAAAGUGGAUGAAAGAGAGGAUGAGAAAACGCUUGCAGAGAACGAGGAGCUCAUACUUCACGACAGCGAGCGUCAUUCUUCACGCGAUGGUGUUGAAAAUCGAGCGUCAAAGUAUCUUGCGAAAGCUGUUGAGUCAAAUUCUUCACCGGAACCAUCAGAAGUGUUCCAGAUCCCAGAAUUGCCACGUGGACAGAAUCUGGUUAUCAACAUCCUCUCGACAUGGGGCGACCCAUUCUACGUUGGGCUCAUGGGUAUCGAGGUAUUUGAUCACACGGGCCACGCUGUCUAUCUCUCUGAUGUUGAUAAACAAUUGUCAGCAGACCCUCCGGAUCUGAAUAUCCAAGAUCACGAUCGUUUAGACCCUCGCACUGUGGACAAACUCGUAGACAAACACUAUUUCACUUGUGACGAGCUGCAUGCGUGGCUUGCUCCGUUCUCACGUGGACAAAAUCACUUUAUUUACAUGGAUUUUGACUAUCCGUUAUCCAUCUCGAUGUUGCGCGUCUGGAAUUACAACACCACUCGAAUCCACUCGUAUCGCGGUGCACGAUAUGUGGAGAUAUCGUUAGACGGAAAGUCUAUCUUCAAGGGAGAAAUCCGCCGCGCACCGGGUAGUGUCAUUGAAGACAUCGACGAUUGCAAUGAAUGUAUUUUAUUCACCAUGAACCAGUCGAUCCUGCAAUUAAUCGAAAAAUACGAGAAAAGAAACGAAAUACUGAUCGACAAUGAAUCGUCCGAGGUGUCAGCAAUUGCAACAGGACUAACACCUUUUUGUGGACUUCCAAUCGGUCCAGAUCCACGUCUUCUUGAGAGACCGAAGACGGGCAGCAAGGUGUCUCGUGCGGCAGCAAGAGGAAGUAGCCACAUCGUUUGUUCAUCUGAAACCGGAGCAAUGAAUUCUGUCUUCGCACCAGUCACCCCGCUGCCAAAAGUUGGCAUGUACUCUGAAAAUCCAGCAAAACCAGUCCAGACUGCACGUCCGUGUACAGCUCCUGUGGUUGGCGGGCCGAUGACAGAGCGGCCAUUGUGCUGUAAAACAAUCGAACUGAUACUGGAGGCGAACUGGGGUGACCCGUACGAAAUCGGGCUUGCAGGUCUUGAGAUUUUAGAUUCCAACUACGUUCCAUUGUCAAUUUCUUUGGAUAAUGUCAAAAUCUCUGCUCCAAUUGCUGUGGAUAGAAUGCAGAAGUUGAUAACGACAAGCGGUGCGCGACAUCUAUCAGUUGAUUCUCAAGAAAUGUGGAGUGCUCCACUUCAGGAAAUACUCGCACUCCCUCCCGAGCGGCGAGCAAUCACGAUAGAUUUUGCUGAUAAAAUGAGCCUCCGAGCACUGAAAGUGUGGAACUACAACACAACUCUGGAGGAUUCCUUUAAAGGUACAAAGCAGGUUUCAGUGCGAAUUGACGGUGUGCAUCACAUGCGCGUAUCGUUACGGAAGGCUCCAGGCAGUCUCAUGGAUUUCGAUUUCGGUCAGUUCUUGUAUCUGCGCAGCAACCAUCAACCUGGUAGUGCUGCAUCUCAAGCAUUACCAUUUGAGCCGCUUAGUAAGGAAGACAACACACUGAGCUCCACAGUGGAAGAAACAGAAAACACGAGACCAUCGUCACCUGUGGAGGGCAGAACCACCCAAGACGGUGACACAUCGAACGAGGGAACAACGUUCUGCAACUCGGGCACUUCACUAUCGCAGUCUUCUGUAUCACAGCAAACGCGAGCAAUACGGAAGAAGAACGCUAUGAACCCCAUCGCAGAAGUCUUCCAGCAGUACCAGACACCUCUGUUCCCCACUGGAUAUAUCAUCAAAUUCGUGUUCUCAUCUACCUGGGGAGACACUUUCUACUUAGGGCUCAAUGGCGUGGAGUUAUUCGACCGAGACAACCAGCUCAUUCCUCUCAGCGCAGAGAUCAUCGACGCCCAACCGCGUGAUAUUAACAUCCUGAAAGAACCAGGAGCCACUCACGACGUACGAACAUUGGACAAACUCUAUGAUGGUGUCAAUAACACUUACGACGACCGACACAUGUGGCUAGCUCCACACACGCCGUCGCACCCCAACAAGCUCGUGAUCUUCUUUAAUGAGCCUGUGACUAUCUCCAAAAUCCGAUUGUGGAACUACAGCAAGACGCCUGCCCGUGGUGUGCGCGAGUUUGAGGUGUUUCUAGACGAUGUGCUGAUCUACCACGGGAUCCUGAAGCAAGCACCACCACUGAGUCUGCCGACUGUGAACGGCGCUUCCGACGAGGCAAUGGACCCUUUCACUCAUUCAUCGCUGGAGAACCGACGACUGCGCAAGAAGUGGCACGAUCAAGCAGAGGCUGCUGCCAAUGCCGUCAAUAUGACACAAUCACUACUGUUCACAGACGAUGUUGAGGUGAUUGAGGCUGAAGCAAACAACAUCUACAUGCCACAAGAUGAACUCGAGGGUAGCGUCACUUUCUACGACAAUAGUCAAGUAUUGUCUCUCUCCGAUCUGCCUGGACACGACACUAUCGUGAGACCGACCACCAGUGCAGGUUGGUGA